GUGAGUGUUGACGGGUUAUCGAAAAAACAGCGCUGAGCACCUGCUCGCGUCGCAACAGGCGGAGAAGUAUUUCGACCUUUUCGGGAGCGCAUCCAGGUUCCAGAGAAAGAGAGAGGGAAAGAGAGAGAGAAAGAGAGAGAGAAAGAGAGAGAGAGAAAGAGGGAGAGAGUAAAAUUCGACAGCUGCCAGUUCUCGUGGAUGUAAGAAAGCCGUGAGAGAGAGAAGGCACCACAUCGGUCUUCAGGCGCCUGGACUGGUUCGCAAGGGACCUCUUGUGCACACCACACCUAGGACAUGAUCAUGAGUGGCGAAGAGAAGCCAUUGGCCGAGGACCAGGACAGCGACGGGCAGGCCCGGAAGGACACCUGGAGCAGGACGACGACGGCGGAGGAGGACUUGGAGGACCUGGGGGAUCCAUACCAGGACCUCCCCUUGACGGAGGACACGACCUGCGGCCUCGGCUUCGUCCGGGGACGCUGGCUGCAGCGGUUCAGCAACGAGAAGUACUACGUGUGCAUGUACGGCCUGGUGGGGUGCAUGUUCGGCGCCUGCUUCGCCUACUUCAACGGCACCAUCUCCACCAUCGAGAAGAGGUUCAAGAUCCCCAGCAAAGUUUCGGGGGUGAUCGUGGUGGGCCACGACUUCUCCGCGCUGCUGGUGGGCGUGUUCCUGUCGUACUACGCCGGCAAGCAGCACCGGCCGCGCUGGAUCGCGCUGGGCAUCUACACCGUGGUGUUGUACUGCCUGCUGACGCUCACCCCGCACCUGCUGUACGGCGUCGGCGAGGAGGCCCUGGCUCUCACCGUGGAGCACGGCGGCCGCUCCGUCGCCAACCUCUCCGCCAGCUACGUCGAUCCCGACCUGCGGAACCUGUUGUGCUUCCCGGGGGAAGACCCCAACUCCCGCUGCAGAGGAGACGAAGGAGGCGUCAACGUCCCAGCGGUCAUACUGUUCCUCGGCAACCUGAUAUCCGGCGUCGGCGGAGGACUUUACCACACCAUCGGCAUGUCCUACAUGGACGACAACAUCGAGAAGCACAAGAUACCCUUCCUCAUCAGUUUCGCGCACUUCAUGCGUCUGCUGGGGCCAGCGCUCGGCUACUCGCUGGCCUCGCUCAGCCUGGAGACGUACAUCGCCCCACGCCUCACCCCCACCAUCAAGCCCAGCGACCCCCGCUGGCUCGGCGCCUGGUGGGCGGGCUGGAUCCUGCUGGCCGCCGUCCUCUUCGUCACCGGGUCUCUGCUGGCGCUCUUCCCCAGGACCCUGCCGGCGGCCGCCACGCGCAGGAGGGUGGCCGCGGAGAAGGCGAGGCUCGCCGGCGAGGCAGAGCCCGUGGAAGACAGGCCGUCCGUCAGAGACAUGAUGGAAUCAUUCUGGAGACUUCUCAGAAACAAAGCCUACAUGUCUAUACAGUUAUCACAUAUUUUCUACAUAUUUGGUUACACGCCGUACUGGAUCUUCAUGGCUAAAUAUAUCGAAACCCAAUAUCGUAUAUCGGCAUCCAAAUCAAGUCUCUUCACCGGGCCGUUCGGGAUCAUGUUCUCGGCGCUCGGCACGCUCCUGGCGGGCGCCGCGAUAAGCAGGUGGCGGCCGUCGGCGCGCGCCAUGGCGUGGUGGAACCUGCUGGUGGUGCUCGUCAACACGGCCGGCAUCGCCUCGUACGCCCUGCUCGGCUGCCGAGCCGGCGACUCGUACGGCGCCACCGACCGCCACGGCCUGCUGCAGCUGGACCUGACCUGCAACGCCAACUGCAGCUGCGACCAGGUGCGGUACACCCCUGUGUGCUCGCAGUACGGCGACCGCUCCUACAUAUCGCCCUGCCACGCCGGCUGCUCGGGCGAGAAGACCACCGUCAACGGUACUGUGGUGUACACCGACUGCGCCUGCGUCGCGGCCAACCACAGCGUCACCGGGGGGCUGCGCCCCUCCUCGCCCGGAGGACACGUCUCGGACGGGGCCUGCCCCGCCGACUGCAUGGACCAGUUCUACAUCUUCAUGGGCAUCGUGUGCCUGCUCAAGUUCUCGGGCGCCACCAGCAGGUCCGCCAACUUCCUCAUCGGAAUACGAUGUGUUGAAGAACGGGAUAAGACUGUGUCUAUGGCAUUAGGCAUGGGCCUGUUGGCACUUUUCACUUUCAUCCCAUCGCCAAUAUUUUUUGGUUUUAUUUUCGACAAGACGUGCCUCGUGUGGGGGAAGUCGUGCUCCGGACGGGGCAACUGCUGGACAUACGACCGCGCAGCCAUGAGGACCCUCCUGAACUUCACAGCCGCAGGUUUUGUAGGAGUUGGUGCUCUGUUUGAUAUUGCAGUCUGGUAUUACGUAAAAGAUGUAAAAAUUUUUGACGAAGAAAUAGAACUAAAACACGUCGAAAAAAAUGGGGAAACUACACACAAAAAAUUGUUGGAAGAAAAAGAAGUUGAGAAAUAGAGGAAUAAUAAUGUUGUUGGGAGUCAAGUUUUGAUGCAUACCUACAGGCAAACCAACAAAUAUUAAAAUGUUCAAUGUGGUGACUGCGUGCUGUCAGAUGAUGAUGAUUAUUGAGUGGGAGGGGACCACUGGAAUCUGGGCAAAAUUACAAACUGGCAAGUGAUUAUGUAACCGGGAGCCAGCAGGAAAGUGAGAUUAUUUACGCUGGGAGUGUCAAGACACCCGCUUGAUGCGAAAGGUCACGCAGCACUGUGCGGUAACUGGUUGGACAUCGGUCAUGAGACAGUGAAGGGUGGAAACUGUACACUAUAGUGUGUCUACAGUACAGAUUAAAUGGCACCCUCUGUUGCUUGCUACAUCGAUACUACUCGGCUUGUUCACAUUAGAAAAUUUAAUUUUGUAUAGGUACCAUCAUUAAUUAAUUAUAAUAAGUUUUAAUAUAUAUGUUUUUUAAAUUUUGCUA